ACAAGAAAUAACAACCAUGAAUCUAAGUCAAUCUUUUAUUGGGUUACUCAAAAAUCACUCUAUGAAAAAUUCAUCCAAAAUAAGAUUAUUUGCUAACACAGUUAUGAACAAUCUGAGAGAAGGAGAUCAAGUAUCAGUUUUCAAAGUGAUAACCAAUGAUGACAUACUCAAAUUUGCUGAAUUAACAGGUGAUUAUAAUCCAAUACACACUGAAUCAGCAAGAAAUAUUGCACACGGUGCUUUGCUCAAUGGCCUAGUAUCAGGAUUAAUCGGUACAAAGUUACCUGGUGCAGGCACUAUAGUUAUUGAACAAAAUCUCAUAUUUCCUAAACCAUGUUAUGCUGGUGACUCUGUAGAAGUAAUAGUAAAAAUUGUAUCAGUAAGAAAAAUUAUUAAAUGUAUAUAUAUGUGUAUCGCUAAUGGAGAUAAAGUUGUAUUGGAAGGAGAAGCAAAACUUAUGAGAAAAAUACUGUAAAUAUGUUAUCAUUAAUAAAAACAAUAAAAAUAUUAAGAAUUAAUAAAA